GCAGAACAAUGUGAUGAUCAUUCAACCAGUUCCUCACUCAAUCAGCAGAGGUCUGUUCCCAGCCAUCUUGAACUUGGCGAGUAACGCAGUGAUUACCAGCAAUGCGACAUGUGGUGAUCCAGAACCUGAGGUUUACUGUAAACUGGUGGAACAUGUUCCAGGACGACGAAUCAAGAACCCGCACUGCCCUAAAUGUGAUGCCAACUCCGUCCUAUCCAAAGAACGCCAUCCGAUAACAAACGCCAUCGAUGGGACGAAUCAGUGGUGGCAAAGUCCAAGUAUCAAGAACGGCCGACAGUUUCACUGGAUUACCAUCACCCUGGACCUCAAACAGGUGUUUCAGGUCGCCUACAUCAUCAUAAAGGCCGCAAACUCUCCUCGCCCAGGUAACUGGAUCCUGGAGCGCUCUCUGGACGGUGUGACCUUUGACCCCUGGCAGUAUUACGCCAUCACUGACUCUGAGUGUUUGUCUCAUUAUAACGUGACGCCAAGACUCGGACCACCAACCUACAAGACGGACACCGAGGUCAUCUGCACGUCCUACUACUCCAGACUGAACCCGCUGGAGCAUGGAGAGAUCCACACCUCCCUGAUUAACGGCCGCCCCGGAGCCGACGAUUUGACCUCUGAGCUCUUGAACUUUACGUCAGCUCGUUACAUCAGACUGAGGCUUCAGAGAAUCAGAACGCUCAACGCCGACCUGAUGACACUGAGCGCCCGCGACCCUCGAGACAUCGACCCCAUCGUCACCCGGAGGUAUUAUUACUCCAUCAAAGACAUCUCUGUUGGCGGGAUGUGUAUCUGUUACGGCCACGCCCAGAGCUGCCCGCUGGAUUCUGUUACCAAGAAACUGCAAUGUGUGUGUGAACACAACACCUGUGGAGAGAGCUGUAACAAGUGUUGCCCUGGUUACCACCAGCAGCCAUGGCAACCAGGAACCAUCUCUGAGGGCAACACCUGUGAAAAGUGUAACUGCCACAACAAAGCAGUGGACUGUUUCUACAAUCAGACCGUCUCCGAUCUGUCUUUGAGUUUGAACACUCGUGGCGUUCGUCAAGGAGGCGGAGUCUGUAUCAACUGUCAGCAGAACACCGCCGGCAUCAACUGUGAGACCUGCGCUGCUGGAUACUACAGACCUGCCGAGGUGUCUCCAUACUCAGACUCUCCCUGUGUGGAGUGUAACUGUGACCUGAGAGGAUCAGAUUCUGCAGUCUGCAGCAGAGACGACACACAGCCAGGUGUGUCUUCAGGUCAGUGUGUGUGUAAGGAGGGCUUCACGGGUCGACACUGUGAUCGCUGUGCAUUUGGAUACCGAGACUUUCCUCUGUGUGCUCGAUGUGAGUGUCACCUGCCCGGCAGCACCAACACAGACCCCUGCAGCCCCUGCACCUGCAAGGUGAAUGUGAUGGGAGCGCACUGUGAUCUGUGUAAACCGGGUUUCUACAACCUGCAGGAGAGUAAUCCGCUCGGCUGCACUGACUGUUUCUGCUUCGGUGUGUCUGACGUUUGCGAGAACUCCGCCUGGUCCACUGCUCAGGUGCUUCAUACGGACGCUUGGCUCCGCCCCUCUCAGUCCCACCACACUACACCUGUGGUCCACGGCAAUGACCUCCCUCUCCCUGGCAACCAGUCUUCAGUCCACCAACACCUGUUGUUGUGGGCGGCGCCAGACAGUUUCCUUGGCAACAAGCUGGUGUCCUAUGGAGGUGUCCUGACCUACUCUGUGGUUUAUGAUGUCCCAUUGGACAAUGAAGUCCGUUCUCUCCCUGCCCACUCUGACAUCAUCAUCAAGGGAAAUGGUCGUGCCCUUCGUCUCUCUCCUCCUCUUCUCCUCUUCCUCUCGCCGCUGGCUGAGCGCUUGGUUGCCGUGGCGAUGACCCCGCAGCGAUUCGUGGACACUCAAACGGGCGUUCUGGUUACCCGUGACGACCUGCUGUCAGUCCUCACAGACGUGACAUCACUGAGGGUCAGAGUUCACCUGAACGCCUCUGUGGAUGGGCCCAUACGUCUCAGCUCGGUGUCUCUGGACUUUGCUGACUCUGGCUCAGAUUCUGGCGUUCAGGCCGUUGCCGUAGAGACUUGUGAAUGUCCGUGGGGUUACAGCGGUACUUCCUGUGAGGCAUGUGUCCCAGGUUUCUACAGGGUGGGAGGAGUUUUGUUUGGAGGGAACUGUAUGCAGUGUGAGUGUAACGACCACGCCACCGAGUGUGACAUCAACGGCGUUUGUUUGGGUUGUACCCAUAAUGCCACUGGUCCCCACUGUGACCGGUGUCUUCCCGGUUUUUAUGGCGACCCCACGGAGGGUACAGCAGACGACUGCCGGUUGUGUCCGUGUCCUCUGACGGAGCCGUCCAACAGUUUCAGUCCCACCUGUGUGCUGGAGGCACCUGGCCAGGUGUCAUGUGACCAGUGUCAGGACGGGUACACAGGAACCAACUGCGAGAGGUGUGCCAGCGGUUUCUAUGGUAACCCACAGGUAGUGGGCGGGGCCUGUGUCCGCUGCGAGUGUAACGGCAACGUGAACGUCAGCGAGGCGGGGCACUGUCACACCGCCACCGGGGAGUGUCUGCGCUGCCUCAGGAACACUGCCGGGAGACACUGCGAAGUCUGUCAGCCUGGUUAUUAUGGAGACGCCGUGCAUGCCAAGGACUGUUGGGAAUGUGGCUGUGAUGUGAGCGGCGCCCUCUCCAGUGUGUGUGAUGUCACAGCAGGUCAGUGUUCAUGCAGAGAGAACGUGACGGGACGCACCUGUGACCGCUGCCAGUCUGGGUUCUUCGGGCUGCAGAGUGGGCAGGGCUGUCGGCCGUGUGGCUGCAGCCAAUCAGUAGCUCUCUCUGAGUCAUGUGAUGACGAGGGGCGGUGCCAGUGUGUGGAGGGCGUGGCUGGUGAUAAGUGUGACCGCUGUAGCCGUGGUUACUAUGGUUUCCACGCCAUCGGCUGCACAGCAUGCACCUGUGAUCACACCGGAGGGAACUGUGACCCUGUGAGCGGCGAGUGCAUCUGCCCCACCCACACAGAGGGAGACACCUGCGACAGGUGUGAGACAGGUUACUGGGGUCACGACCCUGCCACGGGCUGCAAGUGUCUGCAGGAGUGUGCUGCAGGUUUUUUCCGUCAGCCUCUGUCUGAGUUGUCGUCUCAGAGUCAGAAGUUUGUUCGUCCGUGUGUUCGAUGUCGCUGCAACAACCACAGUGAGAUCUGCGAGCCGGAGACGGGACACUGUCAGGGCUGUCAGCAUCACACCAGUGGGCGGAGCUGUGAGCUGUGUGCCCCGGGGUAUUAUGGGAACGUCAGCGGCUCCAUCAUUGACUGCUCGCUGUGUGCCUGCCCCCUACGGGACAACAGUUUCAGCCCCACCUGCGUGUCAGACGGAGCGCUUGGUGAUUUCCGCUGCACCGCCUGUCAGACGGGCUACGAGGGGAGGUACUGCGAGAGGUGUUCUGUUGGUUACUACGGUGAGCCGUCGGUGCCGGGCGGCGUGUGCUCGCCGUGCAGCUGCAGCGGGUGGGGCUCUCUGCAGCCGCUGUGUGACACGCAGAGCGGACAGUGUGAGUGCAAGGCCGGGGUCAAAGGUCAGUCCUGUGACCGGUGUGACGAGCGCCACGUCCUGCAGGGAGGAGAAUGUGUGUCGUGUGAUGACGAGUGCACCGGCCUCCUGCUGGACGACCUGGACAUCAUACACAAGCACUUCCUGUCUGUCAACCUGAGCGGCGUGGCCUUGGCGCCCUACAGCCAGCUGGUGUCGCUGGAGAACCAGACCAGAGACAUCCAGGUGGAGUCGGGAAACCGCUCGCUCGCUCUGCGUCUGUCCAGAGUGGAAGACGAGCUGAGUCACGUGACCUCUGACCUCAGCGCUCUGCUGCAGCAGGUCACACGUCUGUCUAAUGUCCUGGACAAAGUGGGUGUGUCCACCAAUGACACCCUUUCCCAGGGUGCACUGCUGCUGGAGAACAUCAGCAGCCUUCAGGACAACAUCCAGGUGCUUCAGAGGGAGGCGGGGCAUCUGAACCAGACCACAGGAGAGGAGCUGGAUUCAGCCAAUCAAAUGCGUCUGCUGAAGGAGGUGGAGUCCAUGUUGGAAACCAUCAGAGCUGUCAACCUGACGGCUGCCAGCAUCUCAGCCAAUCAGGAGCUCAGCCUCGCACAGCCUCUCCUCACCUCGCUGCAGGUGGACUUCCUGUCCAGAAAGGUGGCGGUGGACAACAGGCUCCGCCCCCUUUCUGCUGCUCUCACCGCUGGCAUGGAAACGCUGCAACACACGCGCACACACCUGAGCGAGGCAGCAGAACGAAACACACACACUCUGCUGGACGCCACACACACUCUACUGCUCCACUACCAGUCUCUCCAUCAGAACCUGACUCAGGUGUGUCUCUCUGUGGACGGCGUGAUGGAGGACAGCCAGAUGCUGCUGGACGACACCGUCAGCCUGACGGAGGAAUUGACCAACACCACCGCGCAGGUGGAGGUGUUCAGCGGGCAGGUGGAUCAGUGGCGCCCCCUGCUGGCGAAGCAGGUGGACGCUUUGGUUGUUGGACUGAGAAAGACGGACGCUCCGGAGAACGUUUACCGUGCAGAAAGCCACGCCCAGCUGCUGCAGAGCCACGCCCACUCCCUGCACAGGUCUCUGUCGUCAGUGUGUAACGUUUCUCAGAACGGUAGCCGAUUGGGUCAGCUGGACAGUGACAUCACAGAACGUGUUGACUCUGCCCAGCAGGCGGCCUCGAUCGCCCGCGUCUCCGCCUCCCUCGCUCUCAACAUGAGCGUCCAAUCAGAGCAGCCGCUGUCAGAGGAGGGCGGGGCCAAGCUGAAUGUCAGCUGUGCUCUUCUAGAAGAAAGUCGUCGAAUCAACGAGACGGCUCAAGUCCUGCAGCUGGAUGUCUCGAGGAUAUACAGUAGACUGGGAUUGGUCAGAGAGAGCGUCCGGAACUCCAGCCUCCUCCUCCGUCAGCCAAUCACAGAGCUGCAGAGUCUCUCUAACGGUUCGUCCGUGGCGCUGCAGCAGGUGCAGCUUCAGGCGGCAGCGGCGAGCUCCGGCCUGCAGGAGGCGCUGCAGCGGCUGCACAGACUCAGACAGCAGCUGCGGGAUUCUUCUUCUGUGGUGGAAAACACCAACAACACAGUGAGGGAGACCAACCAGCUGGUGACUCGCACUCAAGCCGCAGCCAAUGAGAUGCAGCAUAAGCUGGAGGAGGCGGAGCGUCGUACAGAGCGCCUGAUGGACCGGAUAAAGCCGCUGAGCAUGCUGGGAGAAACACUGAGCCGGAAUCUGUCUGACAUCAAAGAGCUGAUCGAUCAGGCCAGGAGGCAGGCCGCCUCGAUCAAGGUGGCGGUCCAGGCGGACAGAGACUGUGUUCGGUCCUACAGACCACCCACUGAGUCCAGUAACUUCAACACUCUGAGUCUGAUCCUGAAGACGUCCAGUCCAGAUAACCUGCUCUUCUACCUGGGCAGCAACACCACGUACUACACACGGUACUGCACACGGUACUACACACGGUACUGCACACGGUACUGCACACGGUACUGCACACGCACACGGUACUGCACACAGUACUGCACACCGUACUGCACACGGUACUGCACACAGUACUACACACCGUACUGCACACGGUACUGCACACGGUACUACACACCGUACUGCACACGGUACUGCACACGGCGACAAGUGGUCUCCAGGUCGUACGUGGGCUGUAUAAAGAACGUGGAGAUCGCUCGGUCCAACUUUGACCUGCUGAGAGACGCGUACGGAGUCAGGAAGGGCUGCGUCCUCGAGGCGGUGCGCAGUGUGUCGGUGUUGGCCGGAGGCUUCGUUCAGAUCGCUCCUCGCUCGCUCGGUCAGGAGGCGGAGCUUCUCUUCUCCUUCUACUCCAACAACCAAUCAGGAGUCCUGCUGGCUGCCUUCAGUAACGACCGAACACAGAGACAUCACUUCCUGUCAGUGCACCUGGUCUCAGGAGCGUUGGAGGCGGAGCUCGGUGAGGUGGGCGGCCCCACUCGGAGGGUGAUGGUGGUGAAACCUGAUGGAUCCUUCAGUGACGGAACAAGACACUCUGUGAUCAUCACCAUCAACAGGAAGUCUCUGUCCCUGCAGGUGGAUGAGGAACACAUGAAGUCCGUCUCUCUGUUUUCUGGAGGAUUUUCCCGUCUGUCUCCAGCCUCUUUCUUCAUUGGUGGGCUGCCAUCAGGGGAGGAGACUCGUCUACCAAUCAGAUUACAGGAUGUGUCCAGGUGGUUCAGAGGUUGCAUCCAACACCUGGUGGUGGGCAGGGCGCUCAUUGACCUAUCAGGAGCCGUGAGGUACAAAGGUGUGGAGCUCGACAGUUGCCUAUUGGAGGAGAGAGUUGGGGGGGUGGUGCUUCCUGAUGAUCAGGGUUUAGAACCAACUCCUGACCCCGACCACCUGCCUUUAGCCCCGCCCACACACCUGAGCGCCUUCACACCUGGAGCACUGACGUGCGUGUCGGAGGCGGAGCCAACCUUCCUGCAGUCAGCGGCUCAGUUUGGUUUGUCCAAACACAGUCACAUGAUCUUCAUCAUCAACCCCGCCACAGUCAGAAAGAGUGUGUCUCUCAGGUUGUCUGUUCGAAGCCGAGCUCUGGACGGGCUCAUCCUCCUCCUCUCGGACUCCAAACAGAUGGACUUCAUCGUCCUCAGACUGACGGGGGGGAGACUGAUGAUGUCAGCUGACCUGGGGAAAGGCCCCGCCUCCAUCACCUCGUCUGUUGCAGUUAACGACGGAGAGUGGCACGCUGUGAGCGCUGAGGUCAUCCGGCGGUCGAUGUCGAUGUCAGUCGACGGUUCAAAUCCGGACUCUGUGCCGGUUAAAGGGACCCAGCUGGACGUGGACAACAGGCUGUACCUGGGAGGAGUGCCGCACACACACACCACUAGGAGGAUUAACGUAAGCAGUAGUUUCCCAGGUUGCAUUCGCUUGGUCAGUCUGAACGGAGCCACGCUGGAUCUGUCCAAGCCGGCCUCGCAGCAUGAGGUCACUUCCUGUUUCACCAAAGACCAGACCGGAAGUUACUUCAACGGCAGUGGAUACGCUGCCCUCAUGCGAGACGGUUAUAAGGUCGGCUCUGACGUGUCAGUGUCUCUGGACUUACGAACAAGCCAAUCAGAGGGAGUGCUUCUGGGAAUCAGCAGCGCGAAGGUUGAUGCUAUCGGACUAGAGCUGAUCAACGGACAGGUGGUGUUUAACGUGAAUAACGGCGCGGGGCGAGUGUCGGUGCGUUCGAUCGGUCAGAUGUUAUGUGAUGGACGCUGGCACCGCUUGUUGGCCAGAAAGACCAAACACACCCUGAGUCUGAGUGUAGACGGGCGGAGUUACACCACCCAGAACCCCCACCCACAAUCCACCUCUGCGGAGACAAACAACCCUGUUUACCUGGGAGGCUAUCCAGUCGGUGUGAAGCAGAACUGCCUGUCCACCAGCUCCAGAUUCUCAGGCUGUUUGAAGAACCUGCAGCUUGUCAAGUCUCACCUGAGUGACGCGCUGGACCUGAGCUCCGCCCACUUCCUGUUGGGCGUCACUCCUAACUCAUGUCCUGUUGCCUAGCAAUGCCCAGGCUGUCUCUGAUUGGUCCACAGACCAACAGUUCAAUGUGAAAGCUGUUUCUUUUUAUUUCCUGUUGUUCGCCUGAAACAUGAAUCAUUAAAGAUGACCUGAAAACUC